UCUCGGAUCAGCCCUGUCGUCAGUUUCGGUAACAACCAGACGAGGGAAACAUACGUCGUUUCGAACACGUUUUAAGCAGCCUUAAAACGGCAUAAAUAGCGCUUUAUUACACGUACAUUCAAGGAGAUCAUCCAACCAAGCGAAGGAGUUUUAUAAUUUGUCCUCCGUAAAGGAACAGAAAGGGAAUAAGGGAUUUUGUCGGUGACCGUGUCCUUCCUGUCCAGCCCUUUGUUUUUUCACGGCUGCGCUUGAGCAGGCGACAAUAGCGCCCCCGCGCGAGCCAACAGAGAAGAGCUCGAGGAUAGGGAGCCAGACGAGAGCUCGAGCCUCCUGCCUCGCGAGCAGCGUGGGGCCCCACAGCUCACUUGUCCGAUGCGGAGUGAGAAUGAGUCCCGCUCUGGAAGCCCUCAUGCAGGCGGACGGGACUCCUUACCCCGGGAAAGGGGUAAUGCUUGAGCCCUUCGUGCACCAGGUAGGAGGCCACUCCUGUGUGCUGCGAUUUGGGGAACAAACAAUAUGCAAGCCCCUCAUCCCCCGGGAGCACCAGUUCUACAAGAGCCUCCCUCCAGAGAUGAGGAAAUUCACCCCUCAGUAUAAAGGUGUAGUGUCAGUCAGUUUUGAAGAGGAUGAGGAAGGGAACCUGUGCCUCAUCGCCUACCCCCUCCACAGUGAGUCAGGGGAUCUGGAAAACAAAGAUCCCACCACAGACAGUGAGCCUAAGAGCAAGAUGCUGAAGUUGAGCAAAAAGAAGCAGUCCUCGUUGCUUUUGGAAAAUGAAAACUACAGCAAAGACAGAACUCGACACAGCCGUAAAGAAGAAAAGAUCAUGAGUUAUAACCGGGAGGAGGUGCAGCAGCAGCAGCAGCAGCAGAAGGCAGAGGUUCUGUUCUUCAGCCUGGAAAAAGGCAACGUGGUGCCACAGAUCAAACACAACCCCUGGAGUCUUAAAUGCCACCAGCAGCACUUACAGAGGAUGAAGGACAAUGCAAAACAUCGCAACCAAUACAAAUUUAUUCUAUUGGAAAACCUGACGUGGCGCUACACAGUACCAUGUGUCUUAGAUUUGAAGAUGGGAACUCGCCAACAUGGGGAUGAUGCAUCAGAGGAGAAGAAAGCCAAUCAGAUUCGCAAGUGUCAGCAGAGCACAUCCGCCUCUAUUGGAGUGCGACUUUGUGGCAUGCAGGUAUACCAGUCCGACUCAGGCCAGCUGAUGUUCAUGAAUAAGUACCACGGCCGUAAGUUGACCCUUGCAGGCUUCAAAGAGGCGCUCUACCAGUUCUUCCACAACGGGCGCCGCCUGCGGAGAGAGCUGCUGUCCCCGGUGCUGCGCAGACUCCGGGAAAUGCAAGCUGCCCUCGAGGCCUGCGAGUCCUACCGCUUCUACUCCAGCUCCCUGCUCAUCAUCUACGACGGAGACCCGCACAGGACUCCUCCUAGACCUAGACACCGUGGUGGGGAAGAAGGUGACGAGGAUGAACCCUCUGAUGAUGAUGAAGAAGAGGAGGAGGUAGAUGAUGAGGAGGAAGGGGCUUUUGGCUUCCGUUGUUCCUCCUCAGCCGGGGGCAGUGCUAGUGUGGCGGGAGGGAGCAACAGCAGUCGCUCCUCCCACAGCACAGGAGAGUCCAGCAGCACCACGGCAGACGUGCGCAUGAUUGACUUUGCUCACACCACCUGCCGGCACUACGGAGAGGACAGUGUGGUGCAUGAAGGCCAGGACAGUGGGUUCAUUUUCGGCCUCCAGAACCUGAUCACCAUCAUCUCCCAGCUGGAGGAUCACAGUACUGACUGAGGCUGGACUGAAGCCAACAUGGUCUUAAUUUCAAGCAUGGGAAGAGCUCAUAGAGCUGAAACCUUGCUACUCUAAGGUGCAUUGCCCUUACGCCUACUUGAGGGUCUGACCCCCCUUCUGCUUGGGGGGAACCUCAUCUCGGGGACAGGGUAGAGUCUAUGUGGCCCUUCCUGCGCUCUCCCUCACCUGCCAGAGGACAGGGCUGCCUGUGCCCUUACUUGCACUUUUCUCUUUCUGGGACUGGUCCUUUUCUUUCAUGGUAGGAGAAAUGUUGUAUGAGGCGGCGGUCUCUAAACAAACACAGGGACUCCUGUAGCAUUCUAGGACCCCCUCUCCUCCUCUGGUACAGAUGAGUUUCUUUACUGUUAAGUUCUCUCUGAGAGAGAAAGAGCGAGGCAGAGAGAAUUGAAGCUUAAGUGUAGUUCUAGGAACCUGACGUGGUGCUUUACCUGUGAUAUGACAUACGUUUUUUUGUAAGAAGUUUGGACUGCAGGUCCCCCGCAGCACAGCACAUUAUUAGGGGGGAAGUUGACUGUAUAAGCUGACCUUGGCUGGCUAGGUCAGCAGCCGUGUAGCAAUUGACAACUUAAGCUUCGGAAAAGGACAUUACGUGUUUAUAUUGGUGUCUCUUAAGACUUCUGCAACAAACAAGUGUCUACGGGCACUUGGAUUUACACUUUUUGGUGGAAGAACAAGUUUAUUUAGCUCUAGAAGAAGGGAUUUGCCUUUUUUCAACAUUUGCUUUCUUCCCUUUACUUUCUUUCCUAUAAUUUAAAGAACCUUUGAAAAAGUAAUAUCUUUGUUUUGUCACUGUCUUUGUUUUUGUCUGAUUUUCUCCUUCAUUCCUGAAACUUUGACUAAACAAAGAGAAUAUAUUGAUUUAAAAACACUAGCUACAAAGAUUGAAUAGAGGCUAUUUAUUUGAAAGGAUUGUUUAAAAACUUAAAAAAUGGAAAACGGCUACAUUCCAUAUUACCACUCUAUCUGUUAUGAUACCGACUUUGAUUUAUUUUGUUAUUGCAGGAGCCGAUGUGUCUCUUGUAUCUGUGUGUUAACAGUGUCUUAAAAAAUAAAGGCAUUCAUUUGUGGUAAAAAAUA